UUAUUGAAGUUACGCAAUUCGGGGCUUUUUGCUGAUGUUGAUCCUUUCGGCGAGCUUUUGUUUGUUUUUCGCUCUAUUGACACUGUUGACAGAUUUUCAUGUGGGAUUUUUCACAAAAUGUUAAACGUCAAAGUCCCAUAAUUUUCUCGCUUGGAUACGCAACAAACAGCUGAUUUCCGAAACUAUACAAGUUUGUAUAACGUUUAAGUCAUGAGUUUAGUGAAUUUGGUGAAAUUUAAGUUGAAAUCAAAGGAGUUCAAAGAUGUGUUCAAUUUACUGCGAGAAAACGAAAAUGGAUUGUUGCAGACCGAGAGUAUGGAUAUGGUAUCAGCGUUGGUCGACAAUUUGAACGAGGCGCUUCUCCUGGAUGAUUCUAAGCUGCUUUCCGUAUGUGAAGAUCUACUGAAACUGGUAGCUGAGAAAUGUUCGCCACAGGAAGUUCUUCUUGAGUUAUUGGAGAAAAUCGAAACGACAAAGGAUGAUGACAUCUUCACUAGCUUGCUGAAAGUACUCCAGGUGGUUCUUCUCCGCUUCAACGAAAAUAAAGUGCGCUCUCUAGAAUGGAGCUUGAAUACGAUUUAUUCCUACAUGGACCAAAUUGUCCUACCAGACUACAUCUCAAAAGUUGGGGCCGAUGAAGGGAAGCUCCUCGAAUCGGACGAAAUCGUGCAACGAGUUCUGUUGCUAUACAUGACGAUCCUUUUGUUCUUGGAGCCAAUUUGGAAAACGUUGAACAGUGAUGGGGAAAUUUUCAAAACCACGAAAAUGAGCAGGAAAAAUGUUGUCAUCUGCUUCAUCCUGCAACUCAUGGGGAACCAUUUGAUUUAUCUGGAUAUACAUCAUAAACCCGGAAAAAUUGAUACAGCUGGUGUGGCCGAAGGUGCAAAAACGUAUAGCCGUCAAGUCGCAGAAGAUUUGGUGUCAGCAAUGUGUAGUUUACUUGGUGAUCCGUACCAGUUGCUGUCUUACGGUGAACGACGAAAGCGUUGGUCUUCCAGCAAAUGGUAUAAAAAGCCCAAUCCCACCCAAAACAUAUUUAUGAAUGAAGAUAAGUGUCCUAUGCUUGCAUUGGCAAUGUACCAUUAUCUCCUGAUAGGAGAAGAUCUUCAGCCUAAAACUAGCCCUGCAGUUUACACAAAUCUUCAUCUUUUUGAAAUGGGCCUGUAUUACUGUACAGAGCUUAUAACGAACGAACACAUUGUUGUACAUCACAAGGGGAUUGUUUUGGGAAUGAAAUCACUGGAGAAACUAGGUGCAGAAAAGCUAUUUCCGGAUAAUCUGGAUGUUGAAAUUCAUCAACAGUUUUGCAAAGGCCUGUCGAACCUGAUUGUUUACUCCAGCAGCGAAUCAAAUCGUAAGGAUGGAACAAUGCUUCUCAGGGAUUAUAUCUUACAUUUCGAUUCUGAAGGCAGAUACCUGGUUAUCUCUAACCUCUUUAAAACGGUACAACAUAGUGGACUACAUUCGUUCGUAGCUACAAUCUACAAAGACUUAAUAAGUCAGGAGUUGAGUGGCAACAAUACUCCUAGUCCAUGGUUUGUAGGAAAAUCGUUAAAACACCUACUGUUAACAGAGAUUUGCGUUUUGAAAAACGGAAUUGAAACGGACCUGGUCGAAAAUGCAGACACUAUUAUCACUGGACUCAAUGUGUUGAGGUUCUUGCUACUCCGUGAUAAGUUGAACAAGACUUCUAUUUGGGAGUACAUGAAAGAACUUGAGCAUCACUAUCUAUACCCUCUAAGGAAGUCUAUAGAUUUAGCAAAAGCACAUUUUAAAGAAGAACGCUUAAAAACGGCUCAAGCCUCUGAGGGCACUAGCAACCAUUCUGAUAUUAGUGUCAGCAUUAUUAACAGCGGACCACUUCCUGAACUCACCAGAGAAAAAAAGCUGGAAUUGCUAACCCACGCGAUGAACCAAUUCGAUCUUAUGGAAUGUCUCCUCGCAAGAGUACUGGAGUGUAUAAAUUUGAAGCCCAUUAACACCUGAAUGUAUGUUCACUGAUUAUAUGACUCAACUUGUUA